AUGGAGGCCGGGGACUUCGAUCAGACACCGGCACCAAGCUGCCGCCCCUCUCUCACUACUCUCAGGCCGGACCAAGACGACACGGCAACUGAAGAUACCGGUUUCUCCGCCACCAGGGCUGCUGCGUCCAGACACCAUUUGUCAAAGCCCUCGACCAGCAACCUUGCCCUUGUUGACAGAGACUUGCCCGCACCGCCAGUCGUCAGCAGAUCUCCCCCACUCAAAACGCCCUCCCGGUCCUCCAAGUCAGAGCUUGAGAAUCGAGACUCUUCCGCUGUCAGAAAUGCAGCCGCGCUUCCCCGGCAAAUCUCCCCUGUCCAUUUUUCAGAAAAGAUGGCCUACUCGUCCCCAAUACGGCUUCUCGACCGAGAGUGUGCCAACAACCCUCUGCACAGAGGCGAUACACAUGCUCAAGUACACCACCCUGGAUUGCUGGAUGGUGCCGAUUUCUGCGACAAUGAGAUCCAAUCACCAGGAUCUCAGAGUUUUAUCUCGUCAACACAACCAUCAUCCCCAGUAUCCAAUGAAUCCAUGAUGAGCGGUGAGAUGCAUCGCGUGCUGUCCAGUGGGGAUCUUUCAGUCACCGAAGUGACAGUGCCAGUCCAUCGGCACAAGGGUCACAGCAUAGCCGUCAAGGUUCGCCCUGCUUUCUCAUACUACCCUACAUAUUCCCCUGCGCUCUUGGGAGACCAGCGUGGCUUAGAUUAUAGUCACUCUGCCAACAAAGCCCAGCCAUUCGACCCUCUGGCUGACAUCACUGCAACUGUACCGAGUGACAUUGAUGACUUAGAUGCUGCUAUCUCGAGAGAUAAACGGCGUGAUGGUGAUAAUGAAAUGGAAGAUGAUCAGGGGUUGUCAUCUCCAACUUCAAAGUUCCGUGCCUUUGGGCCUGAGUUGCCUCCUCAAAAGGAUGACUAUCAUCAUCACAGUCACAAAUCAAAGGUCAGCCCAUAUUCCGGAGCGGCAGAUGAUAGAACUAUGGCCCAACAUCUUGUUGAAACAACUCAAUUCUCUCCCAUGAACAGUGAGUCUGGGCGACGUGCACUCACAGAAGAUGGUUCAUUUCCCGACCACGCCAACCCAGAGAGAAACUUGCCGAAAAGGACUAUGAGAGAGUUUGAAACAAUGCCGUCGUAUAGCGUCAAAGGACUCCAAUUUCGGAACGAGGUUGAGCAACAGAUCAUCAGAGGCAAAAUCCCGGACGAAGGCAGGCAAGGUGCUGAUCCUCAGCAUCGUCUCAUCUACUCCCCCAUCCCUGUUUCCAAAAUUCGUCCCAUGUUCACAAAUGAGCCCUCAUCAAGCGGGCACGAAAGCCGUUCUUCGACAUUCAAGGACGGAAAUUUGCAGAGACAGGCAUCCGAAGGCUCAUCCGCGCGAACGCACUCUCUUGGCUCGACAUUGGAUUAUAAGCGUACUGCCCAGUGGCUACGCGAAAUUCUCAAGUAUCCAGAGACUUAUACCUCCAAGUUUACAGAGUUACCCCCAAGGAGCAAGAUGAGAAGGCCUUCUUCAGCAUCGCAACGGCGGCAGUCAGAGGCAGCUUUAUCAAACGCUCUCCCAUCCCGCCGUAUGACGGGCUUAUCGUCGCAAUCUGGAAGAUCCGAGCCCAAGAUCGAUCCAUUGUUGUUUCAGCGUGCCGUCAAUGAUCUUGAAAAACUCAUGAAUGAGGCUAUCGCACUGGCCUCCGAGGUGGUGCAACGCCCCGACACUCCUUCAUGUCCCAAAAUUCACCAGCCGUGCGUCACUUUGCACGCUCGCUGUCACAGUGUCCCUGGUGGUCAAGACGGGGCCUCUCAGGAUGACGACACAUCAGGUCGCCGCACCCACGAGAGUUCGAAUACAUAUACCGGUGCCCCUGAGCGUCCACGACUGAAUGAAAUCCUGCAGAGUUACUCCAGUGAGCGUAAUGAUGCGACUGCUAGAGAAUUCCCUACACAGAAGGAAACGCCCCCUCAGACUGCGGCUGAGGCAUCCUUCAGUGUUCCGGGGAGAAGAUCCAGCAUCAAUGGGGGAAGCUAUGCCGCGCCGGGCUCUCGCAAAACUUCAAACAGAACGCCCAAGUUGAAUCGCAAGAAACCAUACAACGACCUAACAAGAGGAACAAAGGAUGUUACCGCCUCGCAAAGCAAACCACAUCAAAGCAAAUCAGCACCAAGGGGCUCACACGCAAGACAUGCUUCACACGAGUCUGGAGAGGAUGCUCCCAAUCGCGAAGUUGCUGGUCGCCGAACAUACACCGACCGUGGUAUCAGUCUCCGUCGUCGAUCUCAUGUAAGCCUACGGGGCGCACAAGGGUUCAGCUUAGCCAAGUCACGCAAACGACAACCAACUGCCAGAGACUGGUCACCAGUCCGCAAGAGAUUCGUCGCAACGGUGGCUUGUAUCAGCACUGCCUUGAUCGGUAUGAUUUUGGGCAUUUACGCAGGUUUGGUUCCUUCUAUUCAGUACUACAUCAUCGACCAGUCUCAUGCUACCGUUCACGGCAACACGGGUUGCUUCCUGGGUUUGGCGAUCCCAACCUUCUUCCUGUGGCCACUUCCCUUGCUGCACGGGCGGAAGCCAUAUAUCAUGACAAGCCUUGUCCUUGCCAUGCCUCUUCUAUUCCCUCAGGCCCUCGCAGUCAAUACACAGAGGCUGACCAACCCAGGGACAUGGAGAGCCAUGCUCCUCGCAUCGCGAACGCUUAUGGGAGGCUCACUUGGUUUUGCCAGUAUGAAUUUCCACUCUAUACUGAUGGAUUUAUUCGGCGCUUCGCUCAUGAGCACAAACCCUCAUGGAGAAGUUGUUGACCACUAUGACGCAAGGCGGCAUGGUGGUGGCAUGGGAGUUUGGUUGGGCAUUUGGACAUGGUGUUGGAUUGGGUCUCUCGGUAUCGGCUUCCUUGUUGGUGCCUGUGUCAUUGACAAGUACCCACCAACCUGGGGAUUUUAUAUCAGCAUCAUCAUGAUUGCUGUUGUACUUAUUCUCAAUGUCCUCUGUCCCGAGGUCCGCCGAUCUGCUUUCAGACGAUCGGUAGCGGAAGUGAGAACUGGGGGUGAUAUUUCACGCCGCGUAGCCCGAGGCGAGGUUAUGAUGCACAGGGUCAAGACUGGUCCCAAGUGGUGGGGGCAGGAGGUCUAUCACGGCAUUCUCCUAACAUUAGAAAUGCUUCGCCAGCCUGGCUUCCUGAUCCUCGCCGUCUACGCGGCAUGGAUCUACGCACAAGUGGUUUUGACCAUUGUAUUACUAGGAUCGCUGGCAUCCAAAUUUUACAAACUUCGAUCUCCCAACGUGGGUUUGCUCGUUGGGAGCGUCGCUCUUGGGGCCAUCCUGGCGAUUCCCUUUCAAAAAGCCAGCUUCUUUUCAAGGUCCCGCCAAGCACAGCUCGACUCAAACAAGGCAACGAUGGAAAGAAAGAUUGCGUGGUCAUCUCAUCUUGUUCGGCGUACUAUCUUUACUAUUCUGCUGCCGUUGGGAGGGGUGUGCUAUGCCUCAGUAUCAUCCGGACCACCAAUGCAUAUUGGUGUACCAACGAUUUUUGCAUUUUGCAUAGGACUCUUGUCAUGCCUCGCUAUUGCAGAAUGCAAUGGCCUGGUGAUGGAGUGUUUUGAUACUUCUGAUCUGUCACCCGGAAUGACAGGGCGUCAACGCAGCAAGUCGGGCAAGGCUGAAAAACGAACAAACUACUCUUCUUUCCCGAGAGUGACUGCUGGUUUUGCAGCUAUUCAUACUCUGGCAUUCAUCUUUGCUGCGGGUGCCAGUGCCCUUGGCGGUCUGGUCACCAGGACACUAGGUCAGCAAGUAGCUACCGGAGUCGUGGCGGGUAUUCUGUUCAUACUCACCAUCAUGCUGCUGUUAAUCUUGGCUCGGUUUACAAAUGUCCAAAUCGUACCAAAUUCCAAGAUGGCGGAAAUGGAUCGGCUGAUUGAGGCUCGUCGGAGAUCAACCAUACGGCGUGCCUCUAUGCCUGAUGAUCACCAGGCCGUGAUAGAGGAAGAAAAGGCAUGGCGACCUGCUAUGCUUGGAAACCCCAUUGGCAAAAUAAGAAGAAUGAAUGUCUUUGAACUUGGAAGCAAAUCGCGGUGGCAAGAGAUCCGCAAGAAGAAUAAGCUGGUCGACGAAAAUGCCCAUCUGAAUCAAGCCGCGUGGAAUCAGGGGCUGGAGGCUCUGGAUGACAAACUAAGCGAUAUCCAGAGUGAUGUGGAAGAUUUCUUCGGUCUGGGGAGCGUAAAGAAGCGAAACUCAAGGCGUCUGCGCCCUUCAGAUGAGACCAGCGAUUCGGCACGGGACAUUGAGAUGACAAACUUGGGAAAUCAGGCAUCUGGGUCAAGGCCAUCCCUGAAGCGCUUCGUCGAGAGAGAAUGCGUCAUGAGUCAGACAGUCACAGAGGAGAAUGAGGGCUUGGAUGAUCAUCGAAGGAACCGUUGA